UUAGUGUGCCAUACCUGAACUGGUAACCAUAUCGGAAGAAAAAACACAUGUUUACUACAUUCAAAUUACAUGACUGAAUUUUAACCUUCAGUAUUCAUUGAUUAGCUUCAGGUUAACAUGGCUGAGAUGCAUCUAGGCUUCAGGUUAAAAAGAUAUUGGAAAUCAAAAUCUGAUUCCAUCCUGAUUGUGCAAAUCCAUAAAUACACCUAAUUAUGGUGUCGAUUCAAGGGAAUACACAGCCUGGUUGUGUAGUACUUAUUGUGUAUUACUUAUUUAUUUUGAAACGAGGUAGGCGAGUAGGAGUAUAAUACUAUAACGUUUUGACCUUGAUAGGAGAUUGCCUCUUCCUGCUAACAAUCCUUGUCAAUCAAGAGAAAUCUCCAGUGUGAGAGCCUGUUAACUAAUAGCAGGCCCACCAGCCAAACGCACAAGGAUACGUGCGUCGGCUGUGUCUGUCCAUCAUGCACCGCACUCUCACUACCUACCCUUGUCAUCUUCGAUCUCGCCCAACGAUGUAUAUAACGAGGUGAGGGUCGCUGCCCAGUAUACCCAACACUCUGUGGCAAACCUAGUUGCAGACUUGCAGUUUACCUGUGGUCGUCUGCAACCAGCCUGCAUUCCGAAGCAAUGAGUUUCCUGCUAAAGAAGACCAGCAGCGAUGCAACACAGCCGAAGUCGCUAUCUUCAGAAGAGCAGCAGGAAAAGGUAAAUGAGGUGCGUGGUCUCCUCGGAGCACUGACGGAGGAGAUGCCGAGCUUCCUAUCAGACACAACCAUCUAUCGCUUCCUCCUAGCGAAGAACUGGAGCACGGAACAAGCGGCCAAGGGUCUCAAGGAAACUGUCAAGUGGAGGCGCGAGUACAGGCCGGAAGCAAUUUUCUGGGAAGACAUUGCAGAAAAGGAGGACGAGGCCAAGAGAAUACAUAUAGCCAACUGCGUUGACAAGAAUGGAAGAAGUGUCCUCAUAUUAAACAUGUCAAUCAAGUCUAAAGUUUCUUUGAAGGACCAGAUAAAGCACAUGGUAUAUAUCCUAGAGCAUCUGGCCAUGAGCUCAGCACAUGAAAAAGAUGACUAUGGUGUUUGGAUAAUUGACGUCCGAGGCUGGUCAAUAGCGAGUACGCCAUUCUCCACGACCCGUGAAUGCCUGCACAUUAUCCAAACCUAUUACCCAGGGUUGAUAGCCGUCGCGAUUAUUUUCGACCCUCCAAGGAUUUUUGAAUCUUUUUGGAAGAUAACUAAGAGCCUCCUCGACGCAAACAUGAGAGAUAAAGUGAAGUUUUUGUACGCUAGCAAACCGGGCAGUAUGAAAAUGGAAGAGCUCUUUGACAAGGAUACACUGGAGGCUUCUUCGUUUGGUGGAAGAAGCACCAGUGCUACGUUUGACAUCAACAAGUACGCCGAGAGAAUGAGAGGAGCCGACAAGAUGAGAGGAGAAUCCAGAAAUGCAAAUGGCUGCAACUGAUCUCCCUGACCAUAACUGAAUUCAAGUUCUUCUGAGCCGCGCCUACAUGCACAUCCAGAAACUGAACAUUUGUACUUUUGGUUGCUAAAAUUUGAACUUAUGUAGUGAUUUUAUUAUUUUUCUCACACUUCAC